UUUACGUUGCCUCGAAUCGCGUUUCGUGUACGCGACGACAGCAACGACACGUUCAAUCUUGACGUUUCUCGAUCCGCGGACUCACGAUUUCGCUUCGACCCUUUCCUCCCGGUCCGCGGAGCGUCUUGCCGGUUCGGGACGCGCGGAAAUGGCGCCGUCUGCCUCGAUAGUUGCUCGUAGAAACCCCGUUCGCCGCGUUAGUGCCUGAGAAAUGAGGAUUUUUUCUGUGAUCCAUCGCUGGGACUGGGGAUCCACGAUGCGGUACACGUACGGGACUUUCGAGAGGAUGUCGAAGUCGGGAAGCAUCAAAGAUGGCGAGAAAGGGCCGUACGACCCGGUCCCGGCCGCCGAUAAGGGUGGGAACGAUGAAAUCAAGCUGGAGGCGAAGAUGUCCCUUUUGAACGGCAUCACUGUUAUCGUCGGCUCCAUUAUUGGCUCUGGCAUAUUCGUUAGCCCUACCGGCGUCCUCAAGUACACGGGAAGCGUGAACGCCAGUCUUCUGGUGUGGACAGCUUCCGGCAUUUUCUCCACGGUAGGCGCGUACUGUUACGCCGAGCUGGGAUGCAUGAUCAGAAAGUCGGGCGCCGAUUACGCGUACAUCAUGGAGACCUUCGGACCCUUCAUGGCAUUCAUCAGACUAUGGGUCGAGUGCAUGAUAGUGCGGCCUUGCAGCCAGGCCAUCGUGGCCUUGACUUUCAGCGUGUACGUUCUGAAGCCGGUGUUCCCCGAUUGCUCGCCGCCCGACGAAGCGACUAGGAUACUCGCCGCUUGCUGCAUCUGUAUUCUCGCGUUCAUCAAUUGUUGGGACGUGAAAUGGGCGACGAGAGUGCAGGACAUCUUCACUUACGCUAAGCUCUUGGCGCUGUUCAUCAUCAUCUUCACCGGUGCUUACCAGCUCUUCGCCGGACAAACGCAGUAUUUCACGUUCGAGAACACGAACACAGAAGUGACGUCAAUAGCACUCAGCUUUUAUUCGGGACUGUUCGCUUACAAUGGCUGGAAUUACCUGAAUUUCAUCAUCGAGGAGCUCAAGGACCCAGUCAAAAAUUUACCCAAAGCCAUUGGAAUCUCGUGCAUCCUCGUCACUCUGGUUUAUGUUUUCGCUAACGUAGCCUUCUAUACGACUCUUAGUCCUGUGGAAGUUUUAGGAAGCGAGGCUGUGGCGGUGACGUUCGCCAAUCGCCUCUUCGGAUGGUUCUCGUGGACAAUUCCCGUGUUCGUAGCCCUUUCGACGUUCGGCGCGGUGAAUGGAAUUCUCCUGACAUCUUCACGGCUCUUCUACGCGGGAGCUUGCGAGGGUCAGAUGCCUGAAAUACUGACGAUGAUUCAAACUUCGAGGCUCACGCCGACGCCGGCCGUCCUUUGCAUGGCCCUCCUGUCCAUGGUGUACCUCUGCUCUUCCGACAUCUUCGCCUUGAUCAACUACGUUGGCUUCGCUACUUGGUUAAGCAUCGGCGUUUCUGUACUCUGCCUACCAUGGCUGAGAUGGACUCAACCGAAUCUGCCCAGGCCUAUUAAAGUGAACCUCGUCUUCCCAAUCAUAUACAUUCUUGCUACUCUCUUCGUGACCAUUGUACCUAUGUAUGCCAGUCCGGUAGAAACAGGAUACGGCUGCCUGAUGAUAUUCUCGUCCGUGCCAGUGUACUUCGUGUUCGUCUCAUGGAAAAACAAACCGAAAUUCUUCCAGAAAGGAGUCGGCGCCGUUACCAAAACCUUGCAGAAGAUGAUGGUAGUCGUCGGACCAAAGAUUAAGUAAGCAUUACGAAGUUCCUGCAGAAGAUAAUGCUGGUCGUCGGCAAGUCGAAACCCGCUCAGGUUUAAUCGCAGUCAAAACGCGUCUUCAGCCACCAAAGGGGUGACUUCCGGUUUGAAGAGAACGAGAAAUGGGUCUGAGGAAUUUUCAGGACGCUCGGAGAACGUGUGUUUCUCACGUAUCUAACUUAAACGGAUAUCAAAAUAUUUAUUUAUAUUUUACCGCUCGUCAAUUUAAUUUUAGGCUGGGCCUAAACACCAUUAUUCAAUUAAUUUCAAAACAUUAGCCGCGAUUAACACUACAUUCACAGUGUUACAAAUUAGAGUUAUAGGCUGGGCCUACGUAGCACUCCGGAUUUUUAAACGAAUCAGAGUGUCGAAUAAGUUCCUUAAUUGACAAAUUAUUCAAGCCCGAAAUCGAGGAUAUUCACUGUAAAAUUAAGUUAAUUGUACAUAUAAUUUUUUCUUAUUAGUAAGAAAAUGGAAUAUCACGUGUGGAAAGCGUGAUAAUUGAAUCUAGAAAUAUUUGAACUAAAUAUUUCAAUUUUUUUUUGUAAAUUUGAAGACAUACUUGACAUCUCGAUUGAAGGUUGAAUACAACGUAUCGAAUCUUAAAAUUUUAUUUAUUCUCAGCCUGGGCAAGUUCAGGCUCAGUUUUUAAUUAAAAUUGUACAUAUCAUUUGAACAUGUCGUUCUCCGAGCAAGCCAAGGGUGUCCUGACAAGAGGCAGCCAUAUCGAAGCAGGACACCCUCCCGCGAAUGCCUCGUAAGUUGCUCAACGUGUGCAUUACACCAAGUCUCGUUUUCUCUGGACGUCGCCUCUGGAUGUGAUAUCGAACAGGCUUCAAGAUAUCCGCGGUGAUGUAUGACCAAAAUAAUUCCAUUGGAGGUGCAAUAUCACUGUCAACAAGAGAAAGAAUUAUGACGGUAUUUGAAAAAAAAAGAGAAAAUAAUUGAAGAGAAAGAGAUCAUAUCUUAAAUUAAUAGGAAACCGACGUUGAAAAAAGACAGGUAAUAUUCUCCUCCAUUGGACACAAACUAUAUCCCACCCAUCGCAAUAUGGCGGACAUUCCCGACGGUAUUGUUUUCCUUCAUCACACAUCGAACGCAUUUUCAUUUCCUUAUUUUUGUAUCUCAACCCUCUGUUCCCUUAUUUACGUUAAGCCUAGCGGUAAGUUCAGUUUGAACGGUAUAUCAAUAAUUUAUUUGUAUUCACAUAAUUCCCCGCCAUCUUGGAACACAAUCGAAUGCCACCGAGCACACGUCCUGCGAGUCUCAUGGUCCUGGUUUUAAUUUAUUCUUCAAUCAGCGACCGAGGAACGAAGGACGGCGACACGCUAUCGUUACGCGCUGACAUUUCACUGUCAAAGUCGCAUAAUAAUAGUACCAAUAAUUGUAUUUGCAUUUACUGCCACUGAUUGCCGCGUGCGUGAGUACAUGUUUGCGGGGUUGUUCAGUAGUUUCAAAGAUUAUUCACCCAGCUAAGUAUAUUGUAAAUUUCUUCAACGUUUAUCCACGAAAAGGUUCGCCUAUUUUUUAUUCCAAUACUUUGUAUAAUUAAUAUAAUCAGUACAGACAUCUUCGAACCAACUGAACGCCCUUGCAUAAUACUUAUGCUUCGUUCGUUCACGUUCCAAGUCUACGUAAUAAGUCAUUCAUAAAAAAUGACACUUUAACAACACCAGCUGAAAUAUUCAUUGAAAAUAUAUUUUCUUCUCUUUCGAAAUCAAUCAUUCGCCAAUUGCAUUUGAUUAUCGAUCAUUAGCAAUUAAAAUAGAAAGAAUGUCCAAUGAGAACACACAUCCAACGUGAACGAAUAACAACGCACGCUCCAACAUGGAGACCUCCGCACCGCGUCCGACGAGCAAUUCCUUUCGAAUUGGAAAACCGCUGUUAAAAUCUCGUUCUCGCGGCGACGCGAGAAGAAACCGCGAAUUCCGAGCGUGCAGAGCCGAACUCGGCUGAUUCUGGCCAUUCCAGGAUGCGUUUAGGUUUAACGUGUACACGCGCAUCGAUCGCGAAACGCAACCGAUUUUCAGUGCAUCACGAUGAACUGUGCAGACAAACUUACGAGCGCAUUUACAUAUUCGGAGCCGCGUUUCUAUCGUUAAUCGUAAGGAAGCUCGUGCAACCACUGAUGCAUCGUUCGAGGAUCUAGAUUUUUUAUACUUUUUUAAGCAUAGAUCUGCGUAGAACUUUUUUAGCCGGUUCUCAAAUCGAUUCGCGUUCGUUUCGUCCUUUGUUUUCUUUUUUUUCUUCUUCCUCUUUUGUUUGUAUCUUAUUUAUCGUUCCAUCUUAUAUUACGUAUCUUCUCUCUUUUUUUAAUUGUACAAACUGUAUGUAUGGCGUGCGCAUUUUCCGGUGAGACAAUUCUCAGUCUGUUGUAUAGUUUCGUUCAUCAGAAGUAUUGCCCUCGAAGCUUCGCUCUUUGCUGACAGGGUGGAGUCGAAAUUCACGGUGUUCCCUCUGUCGGCCCUCCGCCACAGCAAUCAGCCUUGUUUCCUUUACAGUCACGAGCUAUGUCUAAGAUAAUUUACUGAAGCGUAUUAUUUAGGGUAAUCUUGAAAUUAUUACAGUUUCUACUCUGUAUACAUACUUUUACAAGCGAUUUCGAAACAAACGAUACGUGGUUUGUUCAUUGUAGAUUAAAGGAACAUUUAUGAUUUUUA